AUGCAUUCCACAAUCAAUGAAACAAUGGCAUUUGAGUCUCAGCAAAUACAUCAAACACAAUCCACUCCAUAUGAUCUUUACAGUAUGACUCAGUACCCUUGGUGGUGCUUGAACUAUUUCAUUAUCUUUUGGUUCCUUUCUAACCUGGUACAAACAGUGCUUCUACGUGCUCCAAGCAAGAAAAUUCGUGAACAAUUUGAAAGCUUGGAUCAUGACAAGAGGAACAAUGCCAUCAUCUAUGUAAUGCAGCUUGUUGGCACUACAGUUGCAUUGGUAGCCCAGCUCUAUGGAUCCACAGACAUCAUCUUCAAAUGGCAAGAAACCACUUCGGAAUUCAAGUUAGAAAGCCUACAGCUUGCAAUCCAGCUUGUGGCAGUUUUAUACAUCUGGGAGCUCAUCUUCCGCAAGAAGAUUGGGCUGCCUCUUCUGGUUCAUCAUCUUGUCACCAUCCUUCUCAUCCAACUCUCCACAGCCUCCUUCUUUGACACACAUGAUGUCCUCUAUAUGCGAUUUGCUACCUUGAUGGGCUUCCAUGCAACUGUGGAACAACUGACCUUCCUUGCACUCUUCUUCUUCCGGCAGAACAUCUAUGAAAACUGGCAGGCCUUUUGUUUCUACUUCUCAGCUGCUCAGUCCCUAUUAUUCAAGACUGCUGUCACAAUUGCAAGUGUAAUUUACUUUGUCUUAUCAAAACAAGUCGGAGAGCUACCAACCGACACCAAUUGGGGGCUCUUUUGGACAAUCUUCACAAUGCCCCUGCUUGCUUUGCUGUAUGGAGCCCAGGUCUAUGCCUGUCUGAUCUUGUACAAGCUUGGCAAACGCUGCCAAGCUAUGAGCACCUUUGAUGCUAUCAAGCUGUGUCAUGUGCAGCAGAGCAAAACAAUUGGCGCACCUGCCAAACUGCCUGAAUCUAAGGCUUUGUUCCGAGCAGAGAGUGAGCACUUCUUGGCUGGCUAUGAGACCAAUGGACAAAGCAUCCAGAAAAUUUCACAACAGUGGAAUCAUUUAGGAUCCGUUGCUCUUUUCACCUUGGACCAAGCCUCAGACGAGGAUACUACCUCUGACGAACAUUCCCUGCAGAUGGAUCCUUGCAUCUUUGAGGUGUGA